CUCCUGUGUGUACGAAAAUGCACUUUACCUUCAGAGGCAGAAGAAAAUCCUCAAAUAAAACAAAGACUGAGCUUAAUAACUCGGCACACAACACUUGCAGUUUGUGUUCUGUAAUUUCACAACAUUUACAAUCCAGUUUUCGUGAGUUAUGAGGAGGUGAGGAGAGGUUGGGAUGCUCUGUAAUCCAGCCUGCACACCUGACGAUGUGUGCAGCGUUUGUCCUCUGCGCUAAAAACAUGGUCGUUAGUGAGUACAGUAGGAUUAUCUUCCCCUUUCAUGAACCUGCUGUUCUGCUGUUGCUACGCUGUAAGCAUCAUUAGGAGCUGGCAGUGCUUUUAGAUACUAACACCUGACAUAAGAUAAACCUUUAUCAGUCCCACAAGUGGGAGAUUGGCUUGAACAUGGCACAAAGUGGACAGUACAAAGAUAAGAGCAGCAAAAAUUAAGAAAAACAAUAGAAUAAAAUAGAAUAGCAUUCUAUGUCAAUGACACAUGUUGUAUCAGAACAAUUGCACACAUGAAGGCCGAGUGAAGGCAACCAGUGUGUAUUUGACGUGUGUGUGGUUAUCUGCAAAUUAAAUUCAGGAGUUACAAUAAACUGUUGGAUCUGUUUGUAGACCUGCAGCUCGCUGGUUUCUCAGCCGAGCGUGUUUCACAUUUUUCAGCAAGUGUCAUGAAAUUGUUGUCAUGGCAUGUGGGGGACGAAAAAACGUCUAGAUGUAGAAGCAGGAAGCGGUGCAGAGCGAGGCUGCACACAUUCAUUGAUUAUUAAAGUGUCAGAUUUCCCAGCACAGCUGUUCCAGGCUUGUGCUUUACACGCUGAUCAUUUAUUAUAACUCCUCGACUGAAUGCUUCAUUUUCAGCUUCUCACACACACACGGCUGUGCAAAUAUGAGUAUAACUCCAAGUUGUGAUAGGCAGGUUCUCAGUGUGUUAUAGGAGGCAUGAGUGCUGAGUGUGUUUCAACUGUUGAUGAACUAGCGUUUCAGGUCUUCUACCCAGUGCUCACAAAGACGAGCACAUUGCAGGCUCCUGAAGGGCCCGAUCACCUGUGAUGACCUCUGUCCUCUCCUGGUGAUGCAGGUAGCUGCGCUCACUGGGACUGGAAGAGGAGGGGGCGGUCUUGUGAUGCAUGUUGACGUCAUAUUUGGACGAAUGAAGUUAAACCUGAUAGCUUCUUUCUGCUACCUGCUCUUAGACACAACAGCAGCUGGUUUCUGUCCGCAUAUUUCCUGCUGCUGUCGUGUCUUGCAGACGUGCGACGGACUGGCGCCAGUUUGGGUUCAGAUCAGAGCUCGCCUUUAAUCUGCUGAGAGGAGGAGAAACUCUUGGCUGUCUCUCAGAAUUAAAAUGCCUCAACUGGACAGAGAAAAGUUGUGCUGCUCGAUCUGUCUGGAUCUACUGAAGGAUCCGGUGACUCUUCCCUGCGGGCACAGCUACUGCGUGAUCUGCAUUAACAACCACUGGGAUGGAGAGGAUCAAAGGGCAGGAAAACCUUCAUACCGAGGCCAGUGCUGGGCAAAAACACCAUGUUAGCAGAGUUGGUGGAGGAGCUGAAGAAAACUGAGCUCCAAGCUGCUCCUCCUGUUCAUCACAACUAUGCUGGACCUGGAGAUGUGCCCUGUGAUUUCUGCACUGGAAGGAAGCAGAGAGCCACCAAGUCCUGUCUGCAGUGUCUGGCCUCCUACUGUGACGAUCAUCUCCAGCCUCACUAUGAUUCCCAGGCCUUUCAGAGCCACAAACUGGUUGAAGCCUCAGCAAACCUCCAAGAAAAAAUCUGCUCUCUCCACAACAAAGUGAAGAAAGUUUUCUGUCGCAGUGACAAGCAGUGUAUCUGCUACCUCUGCUCUAUCAGCGAACACAAAGGCCAUGACGUCAUGUCACUGGCAGCAGAGCGGGCAGAGAGGCAGACUGAGCUCGACCCAUGUCGGCAAAACAUUCAGCGGAGAAUCCAAGACUUGGAGCAAGAUCUGAUGGUGCUUCAGAAGCAGGUGGGGGUCAUCAGGAGUUCUGCCGAUGAAGCAGCAAGGAAUAGCCAGACGGUGUUCAGCCAGCUGGCCCAACUCAUCGCGAGACGAAGCUCCGAAGUGCAGCAGCAGAUCAGAAUCCAGCAGGAAACCGAAACUUGUCGGGUCAAAGAGCUCGAGGAGAAGGUGCAGAACGAGAUCGCCGAGUUAAAGAAGAAAGACUGGGAGCUGAAGCAGCUUUCAUACACCGAGGACCACCACCACUUUCUACUCACUUUCUACUUGCUGUCAGCACUCGGCAAAUCUACACACACCAGCGUCAACGUCCCUCCUUCGAGCUUUGAGGAGGUGACGGCGGCGGUGUCUCAGCUCAAAGACAAACUCCAAGACCUUCUGAGUCAGGGCUGGACCCAAGGAGAGGCGCCGCUGAGACCAGCAGAGCUUGAGGGUUCAGGGACGCAACCGCAUAUGGUGCCGCCACCACCACCAUCCUUCAUAACAAAAGAAGAAGUCAAAUCUGCAGCCUUCCAACAACAACUACGUGUGGUGCCACCACCACCAGCACCACCAUCAUUUGUAGAAAAAGAAGAACCCAAACCUGUAGUCUUCCAAGAACUACGUGUGGUGCCACCACCACCAGCCACGCCAUCUUUCAUAACAAAAAAAGAAGAAGUAGUCAAAUCGGCAGCCUUCCAACAACAACUACGUGUGGUGCCAACAACAGAGCCCAAGAGUUUCUUGAAACAACCCCGUUUUCCACCAGCACCACAUCUAACAGCAGCAUCUUUUCUGGCAACAGCAGCACGCAGAAAUUCAUUGAAACAACAUGUGGUGCCUCCAGCAGAGCCCAAGAGCUUUUUGAAACAACCGCAACAACACUUGGUGUCACCAACAUCUUCAGUGCCACCUGCAGAGCCCACGGCUUUGGCCCCACCACACCCAGCUUUGGUGACACCGCCGCUACCUUUUGCACCGCCGGCAGAGCCCAAGACCAGAAAUGAAUUCUUACAGUAUAUGUGUCCAAUCACGCUGGAUCCAAAUACAGUGAGCAAAUGGCUGUCACUGUCUGAGGGGAACAGGAAGGUCACGUACAUGAAGAAGGAGCAGUCGUACCCUGAUCACCCAGAGAGAUUCAGCGACAGCCUUCAGGUCCUCAGCAAAGAGGCUCUGAGUGGAUGGUGUUACUGGGAGGUGAAGUGGAGCAAGUUUGUUGCUAUAGCGGUCGCCUACAAGAGCAUCAGCAGAACAGGAAGUGAGAGUGGAUUCGGAUUCAACGACAAGUCGUGGGCGUUGUGGUGUCACAAUAACGAGUUCAGAUAUGACAGCACCACCACCUUCCUUCAGGUCUCUCAGUCCAGCAAGAUCGGGGUGUACAUGGAUCAGAGUGCAGGAAUCCUGUCCUUCCACAGCGUCUCCGACUCCAUGACUCUCCUUCAAAAGGUAGAGACCACCUUCACGGAGCCCCUCCACGUCGGACUCUGGGUUUGUUCGGGAUCUGCCAAGUUGGUUCAGCUGCUGUAGGAUUUCUUUCUGCUUGAACUUCAUUUCUUCUGUCUCUGCCGUCAGCUGACAUUCCAGAGAAGUCAUUUUUCCAAGUUUCAAGCCACUCUGAGGACAUGUUUCUGUACUUCCUGUCAUGGCAUUUAGAAAUCGUUUGGACAAAGUAAAUUAAAAGAAAAAAGAGCUCUAAUAAUUCUGAAUGACACUAAGGAUACUUUAUCUUAUGUGACACCUAAUGGUUAUCUAUUGUUAAUCGAGCAGAAAUAGGGCUGAUCAAAAUGAUUGAUUCAUUUUGGAUUGUUAAUCCUUUUUCUUUCAGUGAUUAAAACCAACAUGAAGAAUAAUCAGACGAUGUUUUAACUUCAAGUAACAAAGAGCUGCUCAAUCUAACGCAGCUGUAGGUUUCACUGGAGGCCUACAGAUUCACACUCUGCUCAUUAUUAUUAUUAUUAUUAUCAUCAUUAUUAUUAUUAUACAUCUCAAAACUACGAUGUUCAGUGUUUGAAUCUUUGACUCCACCUUUGAAAAGCCUUACUGGUGACAUGUUGAACAUCAUCAGUCCAUCCAGUCUCUUCCACUUAUCCUCACCAGGGUCACUGGAGUCUAUCCCAGCUACCGCUGGGCGAGAGGCGGGGUACACCCUGGACAGGUGUGUUUGGACUGUGGGAGGAAGCCGGAGAGAACAGAAAGGCCCCGCCCACACGGCGGAUUACAGUUCAGGACCUUCCUGCUGUGAGGCGGCAGUGCUCACUGGCAUGAACAUCAUUGAGAAAUGUUACAUUUUUGAUUGAUUGCCUUUCUUUCAUAGUCAUGGUUCCACUGUUGUGAAUGUUUACUGAUUAUGAGUGUGAUACCUGUUAUUAUUUACUUUGUGUAAUGUGAACUAUCUCAGGUCAGAUCUUUUAUCUCGGCUGAUGUGAAAUCAUAACAAACCUACGGUCACACUUUAUUAACGUAAAGGUUUUUAAAGCUAACAGAUGAUUUGUGAGUGUGUGUUUAUACAUUUGUAUACUAUUAGACCAGCACCCAGUCUGUGUUUAUGACACGGCAUUCCUGUCAUGCUCCGUCUGUCACUGUGCUCUUUGAUGUUUUAUUAUUAUUGUUGUUAAACAUGAAAGUAAAAUUCGCUGUUUUACAAAAAAGCUGAAAAAAAAAAUAAACCAGGUUAUUAUUUGAUUAAAGUGACACAUUAAAGUUAUUUACUUGCAUUCCUGAUGUUUGUGUGUAAGACAUUCCUGCUCUCAACAAAGAAAAUGUGGA